GAGCUACCGCCGCCAUGUCCCGCUUCUUUACCACGGGCUCAGACAGCGAGUCGGAGUCGUCGCUUUCUGGGGAUGAGCAGGUGGCCAAGCCUGUCGGAGGCAACUUUGGAAAACAACCUCUGGUUCUGAGUGAAGAUGAAGAAGAUACGAAGAGGGUGGUGCGCAGCGCGAAGGACAAGAGGUUCGAAGAGCUUACCAACUUGAUCAAGACCAUCCGAAAUGCCAUGAAGAUCCGGGACGUCACCAAGUGCCUGGAGGAGUUUGAGCUGCUGGGCAAGGCCUAUGGGAAGGCCAAGAGCAUUGUGGAUAAGGAAGGUGUGCCCCAGUUCUACAUCCGCAUCCUGGCAGACCUUGAGGACUAUCUCAAUGAGAUAUGGGAGGACAAGGAAGGCAAGAAGAAGAUGAACAAGAACAAUGCCAAGGCGCUAAGCACCCUCCGCCAGAAGAUCCGGAAGUACAACCGGGAUUACGAGAGCCAGAUCACCUCCUACCGCCAGAAUCCCGAGCAGUCGGCCGAUGAAGACGAGGAGAAGAAGAGUGAUGAUUCAGAAGGAUCUUCAUCUAUGGAUGAAGACGACGAAGACGGGAUGGGUGCAGCCGCUUUCCUGAAGAAGAAGGAAGGGGCCGGCGAGGGACGCAGCAAGUUCCUCAAAAAGAUGGAGGAUGAAGAUGAGGAGGAAGAGGAUUCUGACGAUGACGAAGACUGGGGUUCGUCGGAUUCAGAAUCUGACUCCGAGUCAGACGAGGACGAAGGCAAAUACACCUCGUUGGCUUCCAAGUUCCUUAAGAAAACCGGAACCGAAGAAGAUAAGAGAGUUCUGGAGAAGAAACGUGAGGAGAAGGCCAAGAAGAAGCAAGACCGCAAAUCUAAGAAAUAUGAAGGUGAUGAGGAUGACAAUGAGAGUGGCGAGUGGGAGAAGGUCAAGGGAGGUGUCCCUCUGGUCAAGGAGAAGCCCAAGAUGUUCGCCAAAGGCACCGAGAUCAACCACGCGGUGGUGGUGAAGAAGCUCAACGAGAUCCUCCAGGCCCGGGGAAAGAAAGGCACCGACAGGGCAGCGCAGAUCGACCUUCUGCAGCUGCUGGUCGGAAUCGCAGCGGAGAACAACCUGGGAAUCCCCAUUGACGUCAAGAUCAAGUUCAACAUUGUUGCUUCCUUGUAUGACUAUAACCCCAACCUGGCUACGUACAUGAAGCCGGAGAUGUGGCAGAAAUGCCUCAACUCCAUCAACGAGCUCAUGGACAUCCUCUUUGCACAACCCAACAUCUUCAUUGGUGAGAACAUCGCAGAAGACUCGGAGAACCUGUCCAAUAAUGAGCAGCCCUUCCGUGUCCGUGGCUGCAUUCUGACGCUGGUGGAGCGGAUGGACGAGGAGUUCACCAAGAUCAUGCAGAACACAGACCCCCACUCCCAAGAGUAUGUGGACCACCUGAAGGACGAGGGCCGAGUCUGCAAGAUCAUCGAUCGGGUGCAGACCUACCUGCAGGACAAGGGGACCACGGAGGAGAUCUGCCGCAUUUACCUGCGGCGCAUCCUCCACACUUACUACAAGUUCGACUACAAGGCCCACCAGCGGCAGCAGGGGCCGGCCGGGGACAGCAAGUCAGAGCAAGACCAGGCUGAAAACGAAGCUGAGGACUCCGCGGUGCUGAUGGAGCGCCUCUGCAAGUUCAUCUACGCCAAGGACCGGACGGACCGGAUUCGUACCUGCGCCAUCCUCUGCCACAUUUACCACCACGCACUGCACGACCGCUGGUACCAGGCCCGCGAUCUCAUGCUCAUGAGUCACCUGCAAGACAACAUCCAGCACGCGGACCCGCCAGUGCAGAUUCUGUACAACAGGACGAUGGUGCAGCUGGGCAUCUGCGCCUUCCGCCAGGGCAUGAUCAAGGAUGCCCACAAUGCCCUGCUGGACAUCCAGUCAAGCGGGCGGGCCAAGGAGCUCCUGGGGCAGGGCCUGCUGAUGCGCAGCAUGCAGGAGCGCAACCAAGAGCAGGAGAAGAUCGAGAAGCGCCGGCAGGUCCCCUUCCACAUGCACAUCAACCUGGAGCUGCUCGAGUGCGUCUACCUGGUGUCGGCCAUGCUGCUCGAGAUCCCUUACAUGGCCGCCCACGAGUUCGAUGCACGGCGGCGCAUGAUCAGCAAGCAGUUCCAUCACCAGCUGCGUGUGGGCGAGCGGCAGCCCCUUCUGGGCCCCCCGGAGUCGAUGAGGGAGCACGUAGUGGCCGCCUCCAAGGCGAUGAAGAUGGGUGACUGGAAGACAUGCCACCGUUUCAUCGUCAACGAGAAAAUGAACGGGAAGGUCUGGGACCUCUUCCCGGAGGCCGACAAAGUGCGCGGCAUGCUUGUCCGGAAGAUCCAAGAGGAGUCUCUCCGAACCUACCUCUUCACUUACAGCAGUGUCUAUGAUUCCAUCAGCAUGGAGAUCCUGUCGGAUAUGUUUGAGCUGGACUUACCCACUGUGCACAGCAUCAUCAGCAAGAUGAUAAUCAACGAAGAGCUGAUGGCCUCCCUGGACCAGCCGACCCAGACCGUGGUGAUGCACCGGACGGAACCCACAGCCCAGCAGAACCUCGCCCUGCAGCUGGCUGAGAAGCUGGGCAGCCUCGUGGAGAACAACGAGAGGGUCUUUGACCAGAAGCAGGGCAUCUACGGGGGUUAUUUCCGGGAUCAAAAAGAUGGCUACCGUAAGAACGAAGGAGGCUACAUGCGGCGUGGAGGGUACCGGCAGCAAGAACGUCAGAGUAACUACUAAUCCUUAGAUUGUCGUCACAGAACUUUCUCGUGG